GCUGGAGAGCGAGAACUGCCCAUCAAGCUGGUCGCCUUGGUCAAUUACACCACUGGAACCAUGAUUGCGUCCGCUUACACCGACACUGACAUGAGGGUUGGGUGUAUUUUCGGCACCGGCUGCAACGCCGCAUACAUGGAAGAAUGCGGCGCGAUCCCCAAGCUGGAAUCUCUAAACCUCGACCCGAAGCUGCCCAUGGCCAUCAACUGCGAAUGGGGUGCUUUCGACAACGAGCACCAAGUCCUACCCCGCACACCCUACGAUGUCAUCAUCGACAAGGAGUCUCCGCGCCCAGGCCAGCAGUCAUUCGAGAAGAUGAUCGCCGGCCUGUACCUCGGCGAGCUCUUCCGUCUCGUGCUCGUCGAUCUCCACAAAGGCCAAGAAUGCGUCGUUUUCGAAGGCCAGGACAUUGGCAAACUGAACAAGCCUUACUCCCUCGACGCCGGCUUCCUCGCUGCCAUCGAAGAGGAUCGAUUCGAGAACUUGACGGAUACUGGCGACCUGUUCCAGAACAAGCUCGGCAUAGUCUGCACCAAGCCCGAGCUCGAACUCAUCCGCCGCCUCGCCGAGCUGAUCGGCACCCGCGCUGCUCGUCUGACUGCCUGCGGUGUAUCUGCUAUCUGCAAGCACAAGCAGUGGGAGAAGGUGCACGUAGGCGCUGAUGGCUCCGUGUUCACCAAGUACCCGCACUUCAAGAUCCGCCAGGCACAGGCGCUCAAGGAGAUCCUGGACUGGCCCGCCAAGUACGGAAAGGGUCGUGGCGAUCCCAUCGAGGUUCUUCCUGCCGAGGACGGAUCUGGUGUUGGUGCCGCGCUCAUUGCUGCACUGACUGUCAAGCGUGCGAAGGAGGGUCAGCUUGCGGGUAUUCGGGAUCAGGAUGCGUUAUUGAAGAUUGCGAAGGCUAUGAAAUAGAUGCCAUGUU